AAGUGAAAUAAUAAUCACCAAUUACAUAGCAUUCAGCACAAUGUACUUGACACUACACAUGUGAAAGCAUGUGACACAAAUCUGUCGAUGCCAAUUGCCUUUGCCAAUACUCCUGGCUCUUGGCAGACUUCCCAACCAGCGUAUGACGUCAGCAGCGAGACGGCGGGCAAGGUGGCAGCGAAAAUAACGCCAUUAAUUUUGCGCCCGUGUUUUUAGUAUGUCUAUGGUUUUCUGUUUAUUUUCACAUCGUAUUAGAAGUUUUUUAUGUGCUUCGAGUUAAUUUAUUACUCUGUAGUUGUGGAUUAACGAUUUUUGAGUUUUCAGAUUAGAUUCUAAUAAUUUUCUUUAUUUCAUUUAACAAAAGUUACUAUGAGCACUGUACCAAAAAGGACGAAUGUAAAACUUGCUAAACUAUUUUACAAAUAUGCGGAUAAAACUCCCAAAGAUGAGACAAACGAAAUAAAAGAACAGCAGCCUGAAGAACAAAAGAAAGAAUGUGAAUCAUAUCCACCUUACAAUUUUUCAUGGUUUGUGAAGGGAAAAAUUGCGGCGAUGGGGUGGCCGCAAACCAUAGAGAAUUUGAAUUACCUAGUUGACUCUGGCAUCAAUCAUUUGAUUACUCUGUCACCAGAAAAAUUGCCGCCAAUUUACAAUUUUGACGGAAAAUUAAAAUGGACAGAAAUCGGUAUAAAAGAGUUUGGGGCACCUACUUUAAAGCAAAUUAUAAAAUUUAUUGAAAUUUGUGAAAGAGCGGAAAUUAAGGGAGAGGUUAUUGGCGUUCAUUGCCGGCAUGGCCGGGGGCGCACGGGCACUAUGCUCGCUUGCUAUCUCGUACACUUCAAAAACAUGGCUCCAGAGCGCGCGGUACUUACUGUACGAGUACAAAGACCUGGAUCAUGUGAAACUUACGAGCAAGAGAAAAUCGUCUGCCACUACCAUGAUUGCGUUCGAGGUACAAUAACUAAACCAGACUACAGACUAGUAGAUGACAAGGUCUACUUCGAUUGUUCUAUGAAAUAUACAUAUCCUGAUGAGGAUGUCAACAAAGAUGACAUAGAAGCCGACGUAGAUGUCCCUGAAUUGACAUUUGAAAAGUUGGAUGUAGCAGACAUCAUAGAAAGGCACUCAAAGGAGAACAAAUCAAAAGCUAUGGUUAUUAACCAUAAAAUUUAUUUUUAAACAAUAUAAUUUAUAAAAGAAAUAAAAGAGUUAUUCUAAUAA